AUGGUUGGCGUAGUAGCUCCUGGUCAGCCACAGCAGGCUCAACAAGCAGUGGGUGUUGCCAAGAGGAGAAGAUGUUGCCUGUGUCCUUGUCAAGUUGACAAGAAAAUGACAAGAAACAGAAAAGAACAAGAAGAAAAAAGAACAGGAGAAAUCCAAGGAAAAAGAAAAGAAGGCAAAAGUAUAUAUGAAAAUGUGGAUCUAGGAAAGGACAAUACUUACGCCAAUGCUGCAUUUGAUGGAAAAGAGGAUGAAGUGUGUCAGAAUGUCCAGGGAGAGAAGUGUGGCCGAGAUGAAGAUGGCCUGGUGUACGUUGGUAUAGACUUCUCCAGCACUACCCCAAGCAGAGCCGUGCACAAGACCGAGGAAUCUGUGGAGUACGUGUCCAUUGACUGGAACAAGAAGGCUCAACCGCUUCCUGAUGGAGAUGAACAGAAGGAAGGCAAGAGUCAAAAGUAG